AUGAUGAUAUUACAUCAACACGACAACGAAUGUAACAAAAGUAAGGAAGAAUCAAAGAAAGAACCGUACAAUAGUUCGGCGGAAUCUGUAGCUGUGUUAGACAAACUUUUUGAACAUUUUGAUAAUCUCAACAUUAUUGACGAACCCGUGAUGAGUGGAAAUAAUGGUCCUCCCAAAAAUACAGACUGCAAUAAGGUGGUCAUUCAUAAUAAUAUUUAUAUUAUAAUUAUUAAAUUUGAAUGUCUUAUUUUACUUGCGAAUCGGGAUCUGGUGAUUUUUGGAUUUUAGGAAAUUCUAAAUGGAACUGACAGCGAAACGAAGGUGUAUAGUCAUUACAGCAGUUCUGUUACAGACGACGACGACCACGACGAGUCGGAUGAAAUUCGCGAUUCUGAUUUGCAACUGACUGGCGAGUUUUUUAGUGAAGGGAGCACCCUGAAUAAUAAAUUGAUUGCAAAUGACGUGUUUUACGAAUACAGUGAAUCGGAACUGCAUCUGAGCAAUGUGGAAUUAAUGUUGGACAGUGGAGGAGAACAAGUGCUUGAAGUAUAAUAUACAAUAAAUUUAAUAUUUCAAAAUCAAGUUCCUUGGCUUGUAAGGGACGGAAAACAAAAAUUAGCCUCCAAAAAAACUGUUUAAAAACUUCAAUUUACAUAAACACACAAUGUGAAAUUUUUAAUUCAAUUUCCUUGUUUUGUCACUGCACAGUGGUAUAUAACAUGGCAAUAACAUUUUUUGAGCUGGAGUUAGAACUAAGUAAACUAGAAAAAUUUUGUUUUUCUGUUAUUUUGAAAAUAAAAAUUCUGAUAGUUCAUUAAUUAAUUUUGGCUAUUAAACAAUAUAAAAUAAAAAAAAUAAAAUGCUAGAUUUUUAAAUCACAUAUUAAUAUAAUAAUAAAAAAACAAUUUUUUUUAAAUUUAGGCCCCAAACAACAAUUGUGAAUGAAAAAAAAAUUAUUUUUUGUAUUAUUUUUUAUUUUAAAAACCAGUAAAAAUUUACCGAAUAUAUGCGUUUUAUAAAAGAAGUUCUCAGCUAAUAAAAUACAUAAUUUUGUAUUGCAUCCUGUUGCAUCUGCAACUCACGAAAAUCAUAUUGUCAUAAAAAAUGAUGUUUUUUAAAAAUUAAAAAAAUUUGUAUAAAAAAUUAAUUACCUGUAUAGAAUUUAAUAAUAAAAUGUCAAAUUUGUAUUUACAAGUGCUAAAUAUGACAAAUUGUUUGAGGGGGUGAUCAGUAAAUAAAAAGUUAUGUUUGAAAAUCAUGUAUUUCAUUUCAACAUUAUUGAUAAAAUAUUAGUUUUGGUUUAAAUACUAAUAUAUAUUUCAGAAAAUGGAUCAUUAAGUUUUUCAUAUUUUUCAUUGUUAAUUAUAAUUAAUGCAAGAACAUCAUCAGAAAAUUCCUCGAUUUUUUGUUUAUGGCGAAUUUCUCAGCUAUGGAUCAGAUGAAAUUAACAACAUAUUUAAGAGAUCUUCAUUGGUGUUUUUGUCUAUAGUUUUUUCAUGUAUGAUUUUCUUGAAUAUUUGUAUAGUUCUUAUUCCUGGCCUUUUGUGAUUGUGUCUGUACUAGAAUUACAUUUUUGUUUAUACAUAGAUUACAUAGAUAGCCAUUACUAAUAUCAUACCCCCAUUAAUAUAAUAUUUUAAAACUUUCUAUACCAUUUUCUUCUAUAUUUAAUUCAGAAAUUAAAAAUAAUCGUUUGGUAUGAUUUAAAAAAUCUUGCAUUUUAACCUCACAACAAGUUUUUGUAAUAGUGCAAUUGUCCGGAUAACAUUUCUCUUUGGUUGCUAUAAUAAUAUCAUUUAGAGGAUAAAUAUUCUCAUUUCUUUUCUUCACAGAUAGCCAAAUAUUGAUAUAUUGUUGUUUUAUUUUAUAUAAAUAAAUAAAAGAAAGAGCUUCGUCUGCACUAUUAGGAAUAGCUGGUUUUAUGUCUUCAUGUCAUUCAUCAGUCUAGCAUUAGUAAAUACAAAUUUUACAUAUUGUAUUAUUAAAUUGUGUACAGGUAAUUAAAUUUGGUCCACCAUGAACAGUACUGUAGAACUAGUCUUGGACAAGAUCACAGAUACAUGUAUCAAAAAUAAAAUAUUGUAUAUAAUGUCUUUCUAAGUAGACUUAUGUAAUGUAUCUAUAUAUUAUCAAAUAUGAAGAUACUUUUUUUACUAUUAAUCUAAAAACCAUAGUUUUCCAUAAUUAUAAUAAUUUAAUUUAUUGUAAAUUAUAAUAAGUUAUAACAAAAUAUUCACCGAAUUGGUAUUGAAUUAAUUAGAAAAAUUAAAAAACUGAUUAUCUAGUAAAUGUCAUGUACCUUAUUCUUUGAUACUUGCAUCUAUCGAUUAACUUUUUUUCUGGUAUCCUACCUAACACUUUAUAGAACAAUAGCACAUUCAUUACACUCUGAUUUGGGGUGGAUUACAAAAUAUGGCAUGCUUUUUUCAUGCCUACAGGAACAAACAAAGGAGCUUACAGAUUUUAUAAUUGACUAUGAAAGGGUUGAUAUCAGCAGUCACCAGUACAAGGAAACAAAUGAUAUUACAACCACAUCAUUGGAAAAUCCCAGAAAUAUGGUAAUAUUAGUUUUAUUAAUAUAGUAAUAUAGAAAUAUGGUAAAAUAAUAAUUUAAUGAUAAGAAUAUGUAUUUUAUUUUUGAGUUAAGUAAACUUUAUAAUUAAUGGUUAUAAUUGUUUCAGUACAUAAUGGCGAUGAUUUUUUUAUUGUUUAUUUUUUUAAGCUGAAAUAAGUUCAUCUAAUAAAAUAAGAACUUAAAUUAUUUGGUAACCAAAUCUUUCAUUAUAUUUUCUAGAUGUAUUUUUUGUAUAUUUUCUCUGAAAUUCGUCAUAUCUUGAUUACUAGGUCACUAUACUUCUUUGAAGUCCAUAAAUUAAAAUGUUGUGAAUGGGUUCUAGUAUAAAUAAAACCAAGGAUAUUUGAUUUAUUUAAUAAGUAAUUGUACAGUCUUAAAUCUUAAACAAAAAUUUAUUUAUAAAAAAAUCGGCAAAUAUGAACAGCUGGAAAUUAUAAAAUUCUAUUGCAGAGAAGUUACAGAAAUGUAUUUUAAAAAUAUUGACAUUAUACUGCAUGUUAUUUUUUUUAAAAUUACAAUAAAUUUGAUUAUUUUUCAUUAUAAUUUAAAUAGUUAAUACAAUGUAACCUAAGUUAAUAAAAAUGUAAAUGUUAGUCAAUCGAUUUUACUUACUUUAUCAGCUUUCCAGCAGUAUCAAAUUUAUCAAUUAAAAAUGAAUUCUCUUCCAACAAACAUCCUAAAAAAUAAAUAUAAUUUUGUGAGUAUACCUAUGAUAAACACUAUAAUAAGUGGUUAUUGCAAACAUUAUUCUCUAUUACAAUUAAUAUUUAUCAUAUAAAAAUGUUGAGUUUAAACUAAUAUUAAGUAACAUAAUAUUUUUGAAAAUAGCUAAUUCCAAUAAUAAUUUUCAGUAUUUUUUCUAACUAUUAUUAUUUAAAAAAAAAAAUAUUUUUAAACUAAUGUGCAGUUAUGUGAACUGUGAACUAUGUAUGUCCAAUAUUAUUUUAAAUAUAUACCUUAUUAUAUAGGUAAUCACAUUUGUAAUAUAUAUAAAAUAAUAGAAUACAAAAAUAAAAAUAUUUGUGGUGGAAUAUCUGGAGGUGAGACAGUUCGUAAUGAACUGUUCUAGAAUUAUUUUUCCCCCAAUAACUAUUUAAAAAAUAUCCAAGGAAAAUCCAAAAAUGAACCCAAUGCAUCAAUUAAUUAAAAUGUACUCCCAAAAACCAAUGAUGUUAAUAUAAUUGGAGUAAGAUUUCUGGUCUUUUACAGUUAUGUUUUAAGUUUUAGUUUUUAGUUUAAGUUUUUAAGUUUUAAGUUAUUUGCAGAAAAGAAAUAAUGAAAAUUUAAAAAUCAAUUUUGCCAACUUUUGAUGUUAUCUGGCUCUUUGUGAUUCGGCACAAAUAGGGUCAUAGGAGCAGGAGGUGUAAGAGGUGUAAUAUUUGUUAAGAAAAUUAUAUCCAAAAAUUGAAAUACAAUAGAAGCCAACUCCAAAUUUCAAUAGAAAAAAGAAUGAUCCAGAAUUUAAUUUCUAAAAUCCCUAAAAGAAAGAGUGUAUUCCAGAUUAGUUUAUUAUGAGAAAAAAAUUGUGUACUUUCAUAAUGAUAAUUCAAGUUUAAGCAAUAUCUAGUAAAUAAUUUUGAAACCUCCCCCUCCUAUACGUCAUUGUUUUCGUUUACAAAGCUAUCUUAAUUUUUAAUUAUCUAUUAAUAUUGUUUUACUGCUUUUAAGGAUGAUAAAAUCAUUAAUGCGCUAGAUAUGUUAAGAAAAGAAUAUUCUCAAGAAUCUUUCGGGUCAGAUAAAGUGAGUUUCUUAUAUUAUUAUCAGUGCUUGAAUCUGUUGGAGGUAUAUUGGGGGAGGGAGGAAGGAAACAAAGACUCUGAGUACUAGCAAUAUGAUCAGAAAUUGUAAUUAAUUACCUGUGUGUUAGAUUGAGUUCAAUAAUUUUAAAGGAAAUUUAAUUUAUUCAAAUUCUGUAGACCAUUUAAUUUUUCAAUUUAAUUUUUCAUAUUCAAACACUGAUUAUAACAAAAUUCUCUUAGUUGAUGGUCAUGACCCUAGGUUAGGUUAGCUUAAGUGACUCAUCAAAUUUCUUAGGGGAUUUUAAGUGAAUUUGAUUUCUAGUUUUUCAACCUUUAUUUUAAUACUAUAUAACUCCUAGAAGUUAAAAUAUAGGCAUGAGCUCCUGUCUAUAUUUUAAAUUGUUAACUCAUAAAUUGUAAAUUCAAUAUUUGUGUUAAGCACUUUUUAUGGGCAGAUUAAAUGUAAAGUUUUGAAAAUAAUGUAAAUAAGAUAAUCCAACUAUUCUAUAAUGACUGAAAAACCCAAAUCAUUUCUUAAAUAAAAUAAUUUAUUAUUAUUAUUUGCUAUAUAGGUAAUAUUUAUUUUCAAUUUAUUACAGGGCAAUUCAAAAACUAACAACUGGGAAGAUUAUUGUACGAAAGAGCAUGAUGAUAAACACAAUACGCUAACAAAAUACAUUAAUGUUGAGAAUACAGUAAAAAUUUUUUUUUUUUUUUAUUUGAAAAUUUACAAUCUGUAUUACAUAACACAAUAAGUAAAAUAGAUGACUGAUAUAACACUAUAUACAUAAAAAAAAUACACAUGAAGCACAUGAUGAGGGAAAUCAUCCAGCGAUGGUACCCUCUAGUAGUAAAAAUUAAACAUUCAACUUUUUUUUUUUUGAUAUUAUUAAAUUUAAUAUGGUGCUAAACAUGCUGUGACUUGGGUUAAUAAUUAAGCCCUGAAUUUCAAUAUAAAAUACAUCUUUUUUAAGGAGUGGUCCAAAUACAUAAUUUAAUUUGUGUAACAGAUACUUCAAAAGUGAAACUUUUAUUUUAUCUUUUCUAAUGGUUUUCUAUUGUUUGUAAUUUUAUUUGUUUUAGGUGUAUACUUAUACAUAAUAUGAAUUUUUAAAUUGAGGCAAUUCAAAAUAUUAACUCAAGAAAUUUAGUUUCAUGGAUUUAAUAAUUUUUAGGUUUCAUUCAUCAAUACAAGAUUGUCAAUUGGUCUAUUUUGAUUUCGAUAAUCCUAUAAUUUUUUACCUGUAUUGCCUAUUUCGUUAAGGCAUUUUUUUUUUAGUAGGUUUAAGGGAAUUUAAAUCAUAAAUUUACUAAUAAUAUUAUAUAUAUAUCUACUACCUAAUGUAUUUUUUUACUAGGUUUACUACCUACCUAAAUACACAAAAAAUAAAAUGUUAUAUAGUAAUAAAAUACAAUAUUGCUUAUUUCCAUUAAAUUUUCCUUCUUAACUGAAUAAAGAAAAAAAAUUCACUCUAUAAUAUAAUAACAAACCUGUGAAAUAUAAUAUGUAAAUGAAAUUAAAACAAUAUAUAAAUUUAUAUUUAUGUAUUUUAUUUAGGAUUCAUCAAAGCUGAGUGACUCUGGUAACAGUAUUAAUGAGAAGUUUGAUUGCAGUAGUCUGUGUUCUGAAAAUUCUACACAGACAUGGCCAAGUACUAUCCAUGGUAAUUCAUCUCUAGAUGACAUUAAGGUAAAGUAUCGGAUAACAAGUAAUUUAAUUGCAAAUCCUAUGAAUUUUAUACCUGAUAGAAAAACUAUUUUGCUGGUUUUGGUUAAUUAACUUAAAAAUAAAAUUUUUUCAAGUAUUAAUAAAAAUAAUUUUGGUUAAAUAAAUAGGUUGAUUCAAAAUACAAGUAUAUGUUACAAACAUUUUAUCAUAUAAAUAUUCAAAAUAGAGAAAAAUGUACCACGCAAGUUUUUAGAUAUGUAAACCAUCUAAAAUCCUUUGCAAAUUUGACAGAAUUUCAACACUAAGAUUAAUUUUAACAACACUCAAUUAAUUUAUUGAAUUUCGAAUAUAGGUUAUCAAUGAAUUUCAAAAGUUGAUCCGCCCCAUCUAAAAAACAAAAAUUUACAAAUUAUUUUAGGUGUUUAUACAUUAAAAAAAUAUUUUUCGAUUUUCAAUAUUUACAUAAUAAAAUUACUGCAAAAUAAGUUUUAAAUCACCCUGUGUAUAGUAUUAUACAAUGAAAAUAAGGUAUGAGAAUGUUUAUAAACAAUUUUAAAUUGUUAAUAAUUUUCUGAUUUUCUAAUAAAACACAAUUUUGUUUAUACUUACAGUUUGUGGAAGACAAUUAUAGUAGCGUCUUCAAUAUGUCUACAGAUUCUGAUAUUUACAACCAAGGUUUCAUUGAACCAAACGAAUAG